AUGGAGCCCAGUAGUCAGCCCUCGGUUACCCGCGAUCUCACCAAGCCGGCCUCAGGCGAAGAAAUCGCCCGUGGGGAUACUGAAAGCGAUGAGCAAGUAACCUUUAAAGAACCACUGCAGUUGCCAGCAGUUGCUCAAAAUCAGGUCACAAAGUCUUCCGACCAGUCAAUUACCAGCUCUUCUACUAAAACGCAACCUGAAAAUCAACAUGUGCCAGUGGAAGUGAGCGACACAACAAACUCCGAUUUCAAAGGGCCAGAUGAAGUCAAUGCAUCCAAUAAAGUCUUGAGGGACUCUAGCGCAGGAGGCGACUACUACAACCCGCCCAGUUGGGCACUACCCUGUCCCGAGAAAGAUCAAUACUUUAUUGAGGUGAUUAAGAACGGAACUUCACUUCCAGACGACACGGUGGUCCUGUCGGGUGCCGAUCACUGCGUCUUUGGUCGGCAGCCGAGGGGCAGCCUUAACCCAGAGUCGAAGACGGGCAAGUGUUCGGUGAUGUUGCAUCCUUCCAUAAGCCGAGUUCACGCUCUCCUCCAAUACGGAACUGGCCCCGACGAUCAGCCUCCCGGUUGGUUCAUUUACGACCUCCAAAGCACUCAUGGGACUUUCGUAAACAAGCAUCGGGCACUCCCACGUCGAUACAUCCGUUUGCAUGUUGGCUACGUGCUGCGGUUCGGUAGCAGUACGCGUCUUCUGGUUCUCCAUGGUCCCGAUCAUGACGUCGAACCGGAGACCAAGGAAUCCUGGAGUGAAUUGGUCGCCGCCCACGCCAAAAGAAAAGCAGAACAGGAAGCAAAGCUAAGAAACCUUGAAGAUGAGGAAAGAGAAGGCAAAAGACAGCGUCGAAUUGGUGAUGAAACAACUAGUGCUGGUGGUGAAUGCGACUGGGGGAUCGCUGGUGGGUUUUUUUGUCUAGAGGAUGCUAACGACGAAGACGGUAGCGAGAACCUACUGCAGCGGUUAGCCGAUGAAGGCUCCUGUUUGCACCAUGAAAAAUUGUACAUUGAAGAUCCGAAAAAGGCACUGAAGUCUUAUUUCGACCGGGAGGGUAUUGACCCGCCUCCGGAAUACGACUUUGUUGAAGGGCGUUUCGGCCAGCAGAUGUGCAGACUCGAACUUCCGUUGGACUCUGGCACCGUAUAUGCCGAAGUUCCAGUGACGGGGCGGAAGCGAAAGGAGGCCAUUGUGGCCUGCGCUCUGGAAGCCUGUCACAUGCUUGACCGCCUGGGUGAAUUCGACGCUAACAAAGAAGGAGCUGAGGCCUUAAGACGUGCCCGAGAGAAGGAGUACUGGCAAGCGAACGACUGCUAUUCAUCAGACGAGGACAACUUUUUGGAUCGAACUGGACAGGUUGAGGCUCGGCGACGAAGGCGGAUGAGAAAACUGGGCGUCGAGGUAACGGACACCGAGGAAGACAGGGCCGCCGAAACCCCCUCUGAAGAGGCACAGGACUCCCUCACCAUGCUUUCGAAUCUUGAAAAAAUAGGAAAGGCGAUUAUCGAGGUGGAAGAGGAAUUGCAUGCUGCCGAGCGAGCUAUGGAAGCAACCGGUGAAAAUGCCAGUGAAAUGGACGAACUUGAGGCCUAUAUGGAUGCCAUUAAAAAAGGCGCGCCGAAUCGAGCAGCUCGACAGGCACUGAAACGUCGUCUCUUUGCCCUCCGUCAGGACGAGACUCGACUCCUAUGCAAGCUCGGCAUUCGCAGGGGUACAGGCCGAUUUUGUUCUUCUUCCUCAUCAGCCGCGGCCAAUGCCAUUCGUUCUGCUCUAGCAAACAAAGACAACUCCAUCGAUGGCACGUAUGUCACAUAA